CUGCAUUGUCACACAGGCAGAGGAUUCUCCGUCAGGUUGUCGAGGCCCGAGACCCUCAAGUACUCCUGCUGGUGUCGGGCCGUGAUGAGGGCCAGAUGGGCGGGCGGCACGGGACUCGCGGGGUGCACCUCGUCGACAUGGUGCACGUCUUCGUGGCGGUGGCCCCAUCGCUGGCGCCAGAAGAGGAUGGUCCGUCUAAUGAUUCGGGGCAGCAUGGAUGGCUUGAGGACGUCGAUGCGCACCACCACGUCGCACUGCCCAUUGGCCGUCACGCAGAGCUUGUAGCGGGCGGCGGCACACACGGGCUGAGCGCCGCUCAUCCAAGCCGACUGAAGUGUGUACACACACAGCCACGGGAAAUACGCAUCCAAGCCAGAUGACCCAAAAGGUGUGUGUGUGUGUGCGCUGACCUUCUGCAGGCUCGACGACGUCCCAUGUGUAGCUGGUGCCCUCGACCAGGGUGUAUGGGACGAUCUGGGUGAGGACGUCGGCACCGAAGACGGCAACGAGCUCCUGCGCCUUGAGCCCCUGGGUGACGAUAUGGGCGGUGAUGUCGUUCAGCCAUGCGCCAGGCAGCUGUGGGGCACCAGCCGUGUCGCCCAGCUGCUGCACGUUGAGCUUGACAGCCUCGAAUGUGGAGGCGUUCACCAGCCAUGCAGGCUGGCGGUACCAGAAGGUGCAGUCGAUGGCCUUCGGGCCGUCUUCCUGAAUUACAUCCCAAUGCAACUGGCGCGAACCCGACGGCAUGGUGGUGUGCUGGUUGGUC